GGUCAUGUGGCGUUUACUGGCAGUCAGAUAGCACGGAGAAGCAAGUGUAUGAAUAACAACCUGGGAGUUCUCCUCAAACAAACAGCUCUGUGGUCUUUUAACCGGUUUAGUUUGUCCCGUGCAGCAUGGCCUGGACUAAAUACCAGCUGUUCCUUGCGGGACUGAUGCUAACAACUGGAUCUAUCAACACUUUAUCUGCAAAAUGGGCUGACUUGUUCAAAGCGAAGGGUUGCCAUGACGACACGGAACGUGCAUUUGCUCACCCAUUUGUCCAGGCGGUGGGAAUGUUUCUGGGCGAGUUCAGCUGCAUCGCGGUCUUCUACAUCUUACUCUGCUACGACAGACGAAGGCCUGAACCCAAGAUGAACCCGGGCCGGAGCUUCAACCCUCUGCUCUUCUUCCCACCCGCCAUGUGUGACAUGACCGCCACCUCCCUCAUGUAUGUUGCUCUCAGCAUGACCAGCGCCUCCAGCUUCCAGAUGCUGCGCGGAGCCGUCAUCAUCUUCACGGGUCUGCUCUCCGUGGCGUUCCUGGGGCGACGCCUGGAGCCCAGCCAGUGGCUCGGCAUCUUCACCACCAUCCUGGGCCUGGUGAUCGUGGGCCUCUCCGACUUCUUCAGCGGGCACAGAGACGACUCGCACAAACUCAGCGACGUCAUCACAGGCGACCUCCUGAUCAUCAUGGCUCAGAUCAUCGUUGCAGUGCAGAUGGUCCUGGAGGAAAAGUUUGUCUACAAACAUGACGUCCAUCCUCUCAAGGCCGUUGGCACUGAAGGUUUCUUCGGGUUCGUCGUCCUGUCGCUGCUCCUCAUCCCGAUGUAUUUCAUCCACGUGGGCGACUUCAGUGACAACCCUCGGCAGGUCCUGGAGGACGCGCUGGAGGCCUUCUGCCAGAUCGGGCACGAGCCUCUCAUCCUGCUGGCCCUGCUGGGCAACACGGUCAGCAUCGCCUUCUUCAACUUCGCCGGGAUCAGCGUCACCAAAGAGAUCAGCGCCACCACGCGCAUGGUGCUGGACAGCCUGCGCACGCUGGUCAUCUGGGUGGUGAGCCUGGCGCUGGGCUGGGAGCACUUCCAAGGGCUGCAGGUUCUGGGCUUCCUGGUGCUGCUGGUGGGCACGGCACUCUACAACGGACUGCACCGCCCCCUGCUGGCCAGGAUACCGUGCUGCGCCGCGCUGGUGAACACCGAUGAGGUGGAUGGGAACAGUCCGGGAGAGAGAGAGAGGCUGCUGGGCGACGGCAGCGUGCAGAACGCCGACGACAGCUAGGACUGACAAAAGACACUGAACCUGUCAUUGAGUCUCUUUUUAAAUAUGUGUUCAGAUUUUAACUGACCUCACACAACGUUAUAAUACAUGGGAGUGUGGAAGCUCUUUUAAAGGAAUCAUUUAACGCACAAGUUGUAUAAAUCUUUUAAUCUAACUCUGGGCAAGAACGCAAAUAAGUUCCCAAAUUUGUACAAACUGUACAUUUCUGCACGGCAGAGAGGGCUGUCUGAAGGAGCUUUUAUAUCACUGUAUGGCUUUAUUAAAGGAUUAGAAGAGUUAGAAAUGGACAGUUUAGUUGUUUCCUUCUGAAACAAAACAAAAACAGUUUAUAGCCAGUUGCUCCUGACGCUCUCACAUAUUUUUUAUUCUUAAAAAACAAACUUAAACUGACUUGAUUUUUCUUUUUACACCACUAUAGCACGGGUUUAUGAAAAAUAAUACUGUCACACAAUAAUGAAAAUUAAUGUCAACAUCGCUUUUUAAGUUUUAUGCAGAUUUUCUUAAAUGGUUUGUUUACGAUGAAGAUUUUAAGAACGGGGUUACUGAUUGUUUUAAAUGUUUCUGACUGUGCAGUGUGAUUGUGCCAAAGUGUUUUUUCACUGAACGUCAACGUUACGGCAGUUCAACAUUUAAUCAAACUGCAGAGUCAUGUUCUUAAUCUCAGUUUUAAAAGAAGACGUUUGUAUAUUUGCUCUCGGAGACUUUAAAUUUGUGUCAGUUUUAUUUGUACAGGUGGGCAUGUAUGAAAAGUGAUUUGCACUUCUUAUCGUAAAUCCAGUUUCUCUAUUUAGUAGUUUAAAGGUGAAAUGUACACUAAGGAAAAAAAGGGAACUGUCAUUAAAUCACACUUGUUAAAUGGUGGAUUAGUAUUUUUACUCGUGCAGGCUCUGUGUUGACCUGCAGGAUGCUGGUCAUGGAUGUGAUGGGAUGUAAUGUAAUGACAAAAAAAGAGAUGUUUUUUAAUAAGAAAAUACACUUCUGAAACAACCCU